AUGUUCGAAGUAAAUCAGACAAAGAUAACUGAAAUUCUUCUGUUGGGAUUUCAGAAUCAACAAAAUGUUAACUCCAUCCUGUUUGUUCUGUUCCUUGUGAUCUACAUCUUGACGUUAGUCUGGAACCUGCUGAUUAUUAUAUUGGUGGCCAAGUUUCAGAGUCUGCAAUCUCCCAUGUAUUUCUUCCUCACUCAGUUAUCGGUGUGCGAUAUCCUUCUGACCACAAAUAUAGUCCCCAACCUGCUCCAUGUUAUAAUUAAUGGAGGAAGCACGAUAUCUUUAGUUGGCUGCAUCUCUCAGUUUUACUUUUUUUGUGUUUCAGAAGGUACAGAGUGUUUCCUUCUCGCAAUGAUGUCCUACGACCGGUAUUUGGCCAUUUGUCGCCCACUGCAUUACACGUCCAUCAUGGGUUUUAGGCUCUGUUUCCAACUCAUUCUUCUUUCCUGGCUUUUAGCAUGUAUACCAACAUUUAUUCUCGCACCUCAAGUUUCUGCUUUACAGUUCUGUGGUCAUGUCAUUGACCAUUAUUUCUGUGACCUUGGUCCCCUACUAGAGCUUUCUUGUGCAAAGCAUUCACUUCUUGAAAUCGUAGAUUUUGUCCUAGCCAUACCAUUUGUAGCUGUGCCUUUCUUCUUUAUUAUUUUUACAUAUGUUUCCAUUUUUAUCACUAUCCUUGGAAUUUCCUCCAGCCUUGGGAGGCAGAAAGCCUUCUCCACCUGCAGCUCUCACCUGACCGUAGUGUGCGCCUUCUAUGGGACUGUCAUAACAGUUUAUAUGACUCCUUCCAAAGGGCUAUCAUUUAAUAUAAAUAAAGUGUUAUCUCUUCUAUAUACAGUACUAUGUCCAUUUUUUAACCCAAUUCUAUACAGUCUUAGGAAUGAAGAUAUCAGAAUACAUUUAAACAGAUUUAUUUUGAGAAGCCUAAGAAGGAUUUAA